AACACCAAAGUCUACCUCAACAAGCCGAACGGGGACUGGCUCGGCGCGUGGACAGGCGGAUCGGCCGGCUUCAAGAACUCCAACCGCUCAAGCUAUGAGGCGGGCUACCAGUGUGCCGUUCAGGCAUUCGAGGCCGUUCGCGAGCGGGCGCAAGUGGACCCAGAUAGCUUCACGCUCUCUCUUGUGUUCAAGGGCAAUGGACAGGGCCGUGAGGCCGUUCAAAAGGCUUUCUUGUCUACAGAAGGAGAUCACGUUCGUUCCUAUGUCACGUCGGUCGAGGAUAGGACAUCGAUAAAGAUGGGUGGAACGAGGGCUAAGAAGACGAGA